UAUGAUGGUGACCAUGCUCCCAGAUGGUGACAUUGCCGUACUUUAUUUACUCUAUGAUUGCCGUUAUGGCGUCUGUAUAACCUGCGUAAUAUCUUAAGUAUUGCAUGACAACGAAAGUAAUUUUGGUUUUCGGUGCGCAUUGUAAUAAACACCGUGUAAUUAUGUAUUAAAUUCGAUUUUCAAGUGAGAGUAAAUUUUUUUUACUACAUUAAACCUGUCAAUUGGUUUUCCCCUGUGCACAAUGGCACAAGAACACGCUAGUACGAAUGCUGGUUCAAUGUCGGAAGUAAAUGAUAGUGUUUUAUUUACACAAGAAGAUGAACUUGUGAAUAGCAAUUCAAAUUCGCAAGAUACUGAUGAAGUUACUUUGAUUUCUAGCAGUCAAAGUCCAAGUUUGUUGAACAAUCUCCGUCAUUUCAGAUUUCCUAAGAAAGAAUGUUUGACCAGCAGCACCAGUUUGCAAAUGGGCAGUAGUGCUGGUAGACCUCACUCACCUGACCAUGAGCAAGCGAAUGGAACUGAUGUACUUAAACCAGACGAAGUGAGUCGAGACAGUGCUGAGAUGGAAGACAGGAAUGGGGAAUGUGUCAGUGAUGCGGGAGGAAGUGAGGACAGCGCAGCAGCAAAAGAGGUCAGCCUUAAGUUCCUUGAAGAUGCCUUCCCUGCAAUUGACAAGAUGGAGUUGCAAGAUGUUCUGGUGAGCGCUGAAUGGAAUUUAGAGAAGGCAAUGACAAGCUUGUGCGAGGAUAAAGAAUCGAACAAGAGGAAACGUACACCCUCACCAACGCAUCUCAGAUCUGGAAAGAAAGUGCAAAAGAGAAUUAUUGAAAUCCAAGAAGAAGAGAGGGAUGAUGAUGAUGAAAUUUUGUACAGUGAGCAGAAGAUCUUUGACAGUGACGACUCGGGAGACGAUGACGAGAUCAUGGAGGAGGACCGCAUUCAGGUCCUGCAAUUCCUGUCGACUGCGUCUCUAAAGGAGCUGCUGUGCAUGUCCAGCUGCUCGCUGAAGAAGGCUGAAGCCAUCAUUAACCAGCGACCGUUUCACGACUGGAAUGACUUGAAACAGAAGCUAUCAACUGGCAAGUUUCUCAGCACCGACAUCCUGAACCGAGCGCUGGAGUACCUGAGGAAACGCCUGGUGGUGAAGUCCUUGAUGUCCAAGAGCCGGAAGCUAGCCAGGAGGAUAGAGCGAGUUGUGGCUGCCAAUGGGAAUCUUAUAAAGACACAGCCAUCGCUGCUUUCAAGCGACCUGACGCUGGCGGGCUACCAGCUGGUGGGGCUAAACUGGCUGGCCGUGAUGCACGACCAGCAGGUGAACGGCAUCCUGGCGGACGAGAUGGGGCUGGGGAAGACCAUCCAGGUGAUAGCCUUCCUCGCGUACCUGCACGAGAAGGGCGACACGGGCCCUCACCUCAUCGUCGUGCCCUCGUCCACCCUCAACAACUGGAGGAACGAGCUGGCCCGCUGGUGCCCCGCCCUGCGCGUGGCGCUGUACCACGGCGCGCAGGAGGACCGCAAGGCCCUGCGCGUGCAGUGGGUGCGAGAGGGGCUGGACGACGUGGACGUCAUCCUCACCACCUACAACGUCGUGGGCAGCCUGCCCGAGGAGAAGAAGCUGUUCAAGAUCCUGCCGCUGCGCUACCUGGUGCUGGACGAGGCCCACAUGCUCAAGAACAUGGCCACCCAGCGGUACGACAACCUCAUGAGGAUCAACGCGAAACAGAGGAUCAUGCUGACGGGCACUCCGCUGCAGAACAACCUGCUGGAGCUGAUGUCUCUGCUCAACUUCAUCAUGCCCGACAUGUUCGACAAGAAGCAGGAGUACCUCAAGAGCAUGUUCGCCAAGGUGCCCAAGCAGAGCGGAGACCACGACGGCGAGAUCUCGCAGUUUGAGCAGGACCAGGUGGCGCAGGCGCGCGAGAUCAUGAAGCCCUUCGUGCUGCGUCGCCUGAAGCGGGACGUGCUCAAGGACCUGCCCUCCAAGACGGAGCAGACGCUGGUCUGCCCCCUGUCGCCCACCCAGCAGCUGCUCUACCACAACCUCAUCUCCAUGUACACCAAGCACGACCAGCAGGGGGAAGAUAAAAAGAUCAGCUCGAGCGGCAUAUCGAUGAUCACGGACCUGCGCAAGGCUGCCAACCACCCUGCCCUACUGAGGCACCACUACCAGGAGGGGGACCUGGUGGAGAUAGCAGCGCGUUUGGCCGUGGAGUCCCAGUACAAGGAGACCAACCCUCAGUACAUACUGGAAGACCUGCACUUCAUGUCUGACUUCGAGAUCCACCAGCUGGCAUGCACCUACAAGAGGCUGAGCGGCUACACGCUGCCCGACACAGUGGUGCUGGAGUCGGGCAAGUUCUCGAAGCUGGACGAGAUGCUGCCGGCAUUGGCAGCGGGGAACCACCGCGUGCUCAUCUUCAGCCAGUUCGUGAUCAUGCUGGACAUCGUGGAGGAAUACCUGCGGCUGAAGGGUUACCUCUUCCUGCGCCUCGACGGCAGCACCCCUGUCUCCGUCAGGCAGGAGCUGAUAGACGAGUACAACCACAGCCCAGAGAUCUUGGUGUUCCUGCUGUCGACGCGUGCCGGGGGCCUGGGGAUCAACCUGACUGCAGCAGACACCGUCAUCAUCCACGACGUGGACUUCAACCCGUACAACGACAAGCAGGCGGAGGACCGUUGCCACCGUGUGGGGCAGACUAGGGAUGUGUCUGUGAUAAGAUUGCUCAGCGAGGGAACUAUAGAAGAGGUGAUCCACAAGAUAGCGCUGGAUAAGCUGAGGCUGGAGAAGGAGAUUAACAACCCGGGAGAAAAUGAAGAAACACAAACAAGAAACAUGGUUACCUUGCUGCAGCAGACUUUGGGAAUGGAUGGAGCGCGAGGUGUGACAAGUGAAGAAGAAUCAAGGUGAAAAAUGAGUAAAAGUGAACUGAUUAGGAGGUAAUAAAUGCGGUCUUGAGCUGCAUUGUUGGUAAUCAUGAUUCCUAUUGCAUCUUAGAGAAAGAAAGAAACACCUUUCUUGAGGUUUGAAUUUUGUGAAUGUUCAUAUAUUUUCAAGCUGGGCCAUUAUGAGAGUUGAACACUUAAGGGUACUUUGUAAAUCUUUAAAAAUACUGUGUGUGUGUAUAAUUUUACAUUCAUGCAUGUUGUCUCAUGUUAGUCAUGUUUACCACAGUCAUGCUUCGUAUAGGGUUGAGUAUUUGGUUGUGUUGUUAUGUUAUGGAUAUUUUUGUUGAAUGUGUAUUUGGCACUCUAAGAAAACUGCAGACCUUAUGUAAAUUAGUGAUGUGAUGGACCUGGGACUCAGUCCUUGAUUAGGACGGUUCACAGCCAUUACACGGGCAUAGAGAACCGGAAAUAUAAUCACGGUACCACAGACGUCUUAAAAAUCUUAAAUCUUUACAACUAAGCUUUUCUGAGUGAAUAUACUAUAGACUUACAGUUAAAAUGUGUUUGUCAGGGGACAUAACUUAACUUGCGUUAUGUCUUAUCCACAUUUUAUCACAAAAAAAAAAAAACCACUGUUCACAAAAAAUAAUUAUUCAAGCUUAAUGAAAGCGUUAAGAAAAGUGUGGUAUGUAUUGAGUGAGUGCGGGCAGAAGCAAGAACAACACAUUCAUACAUCUUUGCUUUCAGCUGCCAAUUAAUAAAUUAACUGCAACCAGUGUGACAUUGAAAGUAAUGGUAAGUGAAUCUUUGGAAUAGCUGCAGAGUGCAAUCUCCUCCCUGGCAGGAAGUAUCAGAAUGUAAACAAAAUAAUUCUUUGUGCUUACUUUCUGCCACUGUCCAUCUUUACACUGGGAUACAAGAAUGAUAAUUUUCUAAAAGUAGACCUAUGGGGGAAGUAACACAAGCUCAAUAUAUAUUUCAAACCAACCUUUAAAAUAACUACCAUGAUUUAUAAUUGUCUCCUUGUCAUGAAAUGCAGGUAUUUGCUACUACGUUUGCAGCUCUACAUCACUUAAACUUGACCAACAUACCUUAUGCGUAUAUUUAUCUUUUAACAGCCCUUAGUCUAUUAACUUGUAUGAUAUCGCAUUCACCCACAAUAAUAUUUUACUCACAAUAGCUUUUGUUUGUUCCAUUUUCCAGAUUCAUUUUUCAGCUAUCACUAGAGGCAAGAUUAUACAUUGUGUCCGAAAAGUCUUUCCCCGAUUACAAAAAUUAAUACAUAACAUCGGAUAGAAGUAAGAUAAAAAUAUGAAGCUGGUGACAAAAUGUUGAGACAUUAUCCAAGUUUUUUUUCAAACAUCAAUGCACUUCCACAUGAGCACCUUUGGUAGCAUGUAGCACAUCUAGUCGAUAUUCAAUUUCCGUCCACACAUUAGCCAACAUCAUUGGAGGGAUCGAUGCAAUGACUCUGGUUAUCAGUUGUCGAAGGGUUGCAAUAUCUGGUACAUGUGUUCGGUAGACCUCGUCCUUGACAUAACCCCAUAAAAAGAAGUCUAAUGGGGUUAUGUCAGGAGAGCGUGGAGACCAAACCGUUGGUCCAUCACGACCGAUCCAUCGUCCAGGAAAGGUCAUAUCAAGAUAGGCACAGACCUCCAAACCCCAAUGAGGUGGUGCACCGUCUUGUUGAAACAUGAAAGCGGGGUGAUUCUCAAGCAGCUGAGGAACAGCAUAAAUUUGUAACAUGUCCAAAUACACUGGAGAUGUGAUGGUUGCCUCAGUAAAGAAGAAUGGCCCGAUAAUUCUGUCAUGCAAUAGCGCGCACCAAACAUUCACUUUUGGACUUCCUCUGGUACACUCCAUCACCUCGCCAGGGGGCUGUGAACCCCAAAUGCGCACGUUAUGGCGAUUCAAUACUCCACUGACAAAAAAGGUCGCCUCGUCAGAAAAGGCAAUUCGUUGGAGAUAGCCAUUAUCGUCCUCCAUACGUGAUAGAUAACAUUUCAACCGCAAAUUCAUAUUGACGUGUACUGUCAUUGGGCAACAGAGUCUGAACAAUUUGCACUUUGUAUGCUUGAAACAUUAAACGCUUGUGUAAGAUAUCGUGGAGAGAGCUUUUUGGCAUCUGUAAUUCACGUGAGGCCCUUCGCACAGAUUUCUUUGGACUUCGCAGAAAUAACUGUCUCACAGCUUCCACCCUUUCAGCUGAGAUUGAUGGUCGACCAGACUUCGGAAGCAACAGAUCCUGUGGUCUUUAACUUCUCAUACCAAGUCUUAAUUCUCUUGACAUCAGGGGGAAUGUUUCCAUAUGUGGUCUGGAAGUUUCUCUGCACUGUUAUUGGUGAUGGUGUCUCGUGGUACCACAGGAGACACUGCGCUUUCUCCUGAUUAUUAUCAUGUCCGGCUUCCUGGGUACCACACCUCAGACACUUCAAACCUACUGCAAAAUUAUAACAAAAAAAACUUGAGCUAUAACCUAACAUUUUGACACCAAUUUCAUAUUUUUAUCGUACGUCUAGCCGAAGUUAUAAAUUUGUGUAAUCAGGGAAAGACUUUUCAGACAGCCUGUAUUAUGGUGAAAAGUGAUAACACCGAAAUGCAAGGCAAAACAUAGAAUACAAUUAAAUUCACCAUAAUUACGUAAAUUUGUCUAUUAAAAAGUAGAAUUAACUAUAAAACUUUAAUUCAGGCAUUUAUUUUGAAAUUUUAAACUAUUGUGGACUAUAUACAAAAAUUUAUUUGAUUUAUUUUUUUUUAAACUUGAUUAACUAUGUUAGGAUAAUAGAAGCAGUCAAUAUUUAAAACACAUCACAAGAAAAUUCAUGAGAAAAUUGGGCUUCCAAUACAUAUUUAAUAUAGAUUUUUUAUUUGUAUUAUUAUUAUUAGUAUUAUACUGUGACACAGUGAGAAAAAGUUAGAUUCAAUGUUGAAACAAUGUUAGCACCAGAAAGAAAUUAAAGCCACACAAUAAUUCAUAUAAAAAUUAUUUCCCUCUUGACCACUUCUAAAAAAAUUAUUUAAGUUUAGUAGUUCCAGCAACACGAAGUCUUGUUUUGAUACAUUAAAUGUAAAUAAAAUAUGAUUUUCCCUAUAUUAUGUUUUUUGUGGUGUGUACAAUAUUCAUGAAAACAAUAUCAUCUUAAAAUAUUUAUAACAAAAUUUGUUUAAUUAUAAACCCAUAAAAUCUUGAUUUUGGCUCACUUACUGAUUAACCUUUUAUUUUAAGUAACAUUGCACAACGACUGGAAUAAAAAAGAGCACACUAAAAUAAAUAGAGUUCAACAUUUGCUAUUCUCAGCAGCAGUGAAUAUACACAGACAGAUGAUGGUGCUAGUAGAGGUAGGCAUGCCGCGACCUUGACUCUUAUUGGCCAGGGAUGGGAUUCUGUCUGCACCAUACCUAAAUUCACCCAACACUGUUGUGCAAAAAAUAUUCAAUUUUUAUUCUUUAUUUAAUCUCUUUUGAAAAGAUACUUAAGUUUUCCUUGAGCAGCUGCGACUUGAACGAUUUUUACUGGUAAGCCGUAAAUCAAAAUUCACUCAACAGUCAAUCAGUGGUUUCUACAUAUUACUGGAUACUGCUACAGCCACAGCCUUCUAGUGACACGUGAGGUGACUUCUUUGUGAUCAAAGCACAGUACUCUGAAGAACUGAGGAGUCUUGUUAGACAAAUAAAGAUGCCACUAGAACAAAUCUGAGAGAUGGAAAAUAGAUAGUAGAGCCUUCACAUCACUAAUGUAUGUUUUUAUAAGUCAAGUAUUAGGGGAUUCCAAAUAGCGUAUGUUGUUCAUGUACAAAUAUUGAAUAUUGAGUUGAAUUCACAAUAAGUUUUUAUAAUUGCAGUGCAAUUUUGCAUGUUAUUUAAGUAGGUAGUCCUUCAUCACAGAAGUGUUUGCCGAACUACCAACGUGAAACAGAUGUUUGGAAAUUUCUCGACCCACUGUUGCCCUGAACCAUAUAGUGCGCCUCUGGGUAUGAUGGUCUGUGUAUAAGAAGACUGCUGGAGAAACCUCAUUACUUGUCUGUUGGAUGCUCCCUAUUGAAUAUUGCUCUGUUUAGUACUUCGCUCUCUCUCUCUUUCGAAGAGAGUUGUCUGAGCAAAAAACCCAAUAUAUACUAAGCUGUGUCUUUCAUGAUUUCAUUGUAGUUAACUCUUGUCACUGAAUCUCUCUGAGAGGAUUAAUGUUGGAGAUAGUAUGGGAUUUUAAAGUUCAUUUGUUGGUAUUUUAAUAUGUACUUUUGUGUAGUUGUUUUUUUCCUUCUUUACAAGAAUUUGUUAUCUGUCUUAUUUUUUUAAGUACUGAAGUAUUUUCUUAGUGUGGUUCAGCAAGAAAUAAUUUUAAAGCGGUAUUACUUUUAAGAGUCUUCUUAACAGUUUUUAUAAUUGCAGUGCAAUUUAUCAUUGUUAAUUGGCUAUUGUAUCAUUCCUCUAUGUAGUUAUUUAAUUAGUAUGUUAGUAUUUUGAUGUACAUUAAUAUGAAGCCCAUAUUUUUCAAGCAACUAGAAUGAAACUAAGUGCUACUUAUUUCUGCUCAUAAUUUGUAAUGCAAAGUUUGCAAUUGUGUGCAGACUUGGUAUGAUGAGAAAUAAAGAAUUCUUAUUGUGACUGUGUUUUUCUUUCUA